AUGUUAAGGGAGCUCCAGAAACAAAGAAUAAGGGCGUUCCUGACUGCGCCAAACAAUCCUUGGAAGGUUCUGAUUCUUGGCGAGCGUGCCCAGCAGAUUAUCGCACCUCUUAUGAAGGUCAAUGAGCUUAGGGAGUGUGGAAUAACAGCACAUUUUCUAGCAACACAGGGACGCCACCCCAUCGGCAACACGCCAGCGGUGUAUUUUGUUGAGAGUGCAGAAGGCAUCACCGAUGACGUCCUCAAGGAGCUGUACUCGGAAUACUAUCUUAACUUCACCACGUCUGUCAGCAGAAGGGAGAUAGAGGAGAUGGGACUCAGGCUAUCUGAAAGGGGCCUUGGGCUCCGAAUAAGAUCCAUCUUCGAUCAGUUUGUGGAUUUCAUCGCCUUGCAGGACGACAUGUUUACUCUUGGGAUGAGGGACAGCUUCGUGAGGAUGGAAAAUCCAGACACGUGGAGAGGAAUGGUGAUGUCUAUUAUGAGUGUGUUUGUGACGCUUGGAGAAAUUCCAUUUAUAGUGACUGUCGAUAACGAGGAAUCCAUGCAGAUAGCAAGAAUGCUUGAGGCAAAGAUAAAGAAUACAGGUGUCAUCAAGAAGACGAGUAAAAGGCCUCUUCUGAUACUUGUCAGCAGAAACUAUGACGUAAGCACACCCGUCCAGCAUGUAUGGAGUUACAGUGCACUGAUGAACGAUCUCUUCAGGCUGGAGUCCAACAAGAUAACGUUGAAGAGCAAGAAGGUGUUUGACCUAGACCCCCAGGACGAACUCUGGAAGGGAAACAGCAACGAGUACUUCCCUGUUGUAGUUGAGAAGGUUGAAAAGGAACUUCUUGAGUAUAGGAAGGAAAUGGCCCUCAGAAGUAUUGAUGAGAAGACGGACAAGAAGGUGAUCCAAGAGGCCCUUGACAAGGCACCUGAACUAGCCAAAAGAAACGAAUCCGUGAAUGCACAUAUAUCUAUAUGCUCGGAGAUGGUUGAGAUAAUAAAGGAAAGAGCCAUCGACGACUUCUACAAAGUUGAAAAGGGAGGAUAUACAAGUCAAGAGCUUAUGGAGGUGUCUGAGAAGGGGAGCGAGGAGGAUAUACUAAGGCUGGCCAUUCUUCUUCUCAAUACUAAGGACUCUGAUCUUAUUGGCCCGCUUCUUCAGAAGAGAAAAAUAAAGUCGAAGGUUAUUGAGUUCUUCAGGAGGCAUAAAAGCACACAUUCAGAGAAGUCUGGGACGUUCUACUCCCAGGUUGUCACAAGCCUCAUGGGGAACGUCAAGAAGUUAUUGCCUGUGAAGGAGAAAACACCCGUGUCAUCUCUUGUGGAGUCCAUCUAUGGAGACAUCAGAUCUCAGAUAUACUCGAACUUCAAAGUGUUUGAUCCUGUGAAGUCUGAAAAUAUCUAUGCAAGUGAGAUUUCGAAGGUUGUUGUGUUUGGUAUAGGAGGUGGUACAUACACGGAGUUGAAGACUCUGAAGCUUCUUGAGGAGAGAAUGGGCAUUCCGAUUAUAUAUGGGUCAACCGAGAUUUUGAAUGCGAGAGAGUUUCUUAGGCAAGUCGAGAGUAAAAUGAAUCUAGGUUAA